UUUUUGUCCAGUCCUACCGUAAACUACUUCAAUUUAGUUUUCAUUUCUACGUUAUAUUAUAUUUUCGAUAAAUUUAUCUUAUAAUUAAAUUAAAACAUUUAUGUGCUACCAUCUAAUUAAAUUUCUAGAUCCGUCACAAGUCUCUCAGAUUCUCUCUCCUGCCUCGCAGUCUCCACAUCAAGAUGAAGGCUCUGCUAUUACCACCAUCAAGGACAAAUUAAACAAACCUCCAAACGCAAAGGAGUUUGAGUUGGGGGAGAGCUUGCCUGGUGUCGCCUUCUCCUCUCUCUAAGGUUAAGCUUAAUUUACGGACAUGUGAAGAUACUUGCUUUUGCCUCAUCAAGGCCAUGUUAGCCAUUACUUAUCUCUUCUCUUCUUUGCCUUUGUGAGCCCUUCUAAAUCUUCAGAAUUACAAAUCAAGAAAGAGAGAGAGUGAGAAAAAAAAAAGGAAAGUCUUUGGUAUUUUCAGAUAGGAAAAAAUGUGGUUGCUUUGAAGUAAUCAGGUGCUUGGGUAAAUGCUUGCUAUGGAUUCUUUGAAUGGAUACCGAUUAGAACCCAAAUGGGAAAUUGAUCCUCAACUUCUCUUUGUGGGCCCAAAGAUUGGCGAAGGAGCUCAUGCCAAAGUAUACGAGGGAAAAUACAAGAAUCAGACAGUUGCAAUAAAGAUAAUUCACAGAGGAGAAACGCCAGAAGAAAUUGCAAAGAGGGAUUCAAGAUUUCUAAGAGAAGUAGAAAUGCUCUCAAGAGUUCAACACAAGAAUUUGGUUAAGUUCAUUGGUGCUUGCAAGGAGCCUGUAAUGGUGAUAGUUACAGAACUUCUUCAAGGCGGUACACUGCGUAAAUAUCUUGUAAACUUGAGACCAGCUUGUUUGGAGACUCCUGUGGCUAUUGGUUUUGCGCUUGAUAUUGCUCGUGGCAUGGAAUGCUUGCAUUCCCAUGGGAUCAUUCACCGUGAUCUCAAACCUGAGAAUUUGCUUUUAACUGCAGACCACAAAACAGUAAAACUAGCAGACUUUGGAUUAGCAAGAGAAGAGUCACUGACUGAGAUGAUGACGGCUGAGACUGGAACAUACCGAUGGAUGGCGCCUGAGUUGUACAGCACGGUAACUCUUCGAUUAGGAGAGAAGAAGCAUUACAACAAUAAAGUGGACGCAUAUAGCUUUGCAAUCGUUCUCUGGGAACUUUUACACAACAAAUUGCCUUUUGAGGGAAUGUCCAAUCUCCAAGCAGCAUAUGCAGCCGCCUUUAAAAAUGUGAGGCCAAGCGCUGAGAGCUUGCCAGAGGAUUUGGGAGUCAUUGUAACAUCAUGCUGGAAUGAGGAUCCGAAUGCUCGGCCAAACUUCACUCAGAUCAUUCAGUUACUACUUAACUAUCUCUCCAAAGUUGGAUCUCCAGCUUUGUCCGCUAUUCCACAGAGGAUUCUAGCUUCUAAGAACUCACUAUUGCCACCGGAUUCUCCUGGAACAAGCUCUUUGAUGGCUACCAAGCUUGAUGAAUGUGGGGAAACUCCAAAGGCUAAAACUGAAGACAAACGAAAAGGUUUGUUUUUCUGCUUCAAUCAAUGUUAUUAACACCUUUGAUCAGAGAGAGAGAGAAACAGUUUUUGUUUUGCUCUGGAUUAGUACCAGAGAUUUGGUAGACCACUUAAAAUGAUGAAUUAAUGAUGUAAUAACAUCCUCCCUCUAUGAAUUUGGAGAAGAAAAAAAAGAAUUGUUUAUCUAUAUAAAUAAAACAGCUAUGUAAUUGUGAUGAAUUAAAAGUAGAAGUAAAGAAGAAAAAUGUAUUUUUAAGUUCA